AUGGAGCAUGGGGUUGGGGAGCCCAUUCCUCAGGAUGAUGAUGAUGCUUCGCAAGAUCAUGCGGAGGACAUGGACCCAGCAACUCACGAUGAAGGCGGAGCCAUGGGCGAGCAAGGAGAGGAGGAAGCGGCUGAAGAUGAUGCAGUUUGCGAGGAUCCUGGUAAGGAACCCCUAGACACCGAGGGUGGGUAUGGCGAAGGAGGUGAAAAGGAAAUUCAGGAUCAGGAUGAGAUUAUCCCGGAAAAGGGGGAGGAAGUAAAGAAUGAUCUUACAAAUGGCGGUGGGGAGAACCUUGAGACCCCUAGUAAGUUCCGAAGGGUGCGCUCAAAGAGCUCCGUAUUUGAUCAUGGCAAUGAUCGGCAGUUCGUUGAUUCUGAUGAGAAGCGGUACUGGCGAUCAAUACGCGGUCAUGAUGAUGAUGACAAUGAUUGCUUGCUGGUAUCAGAGCCGGCUGCCUCAUCAAGUCUGCGCAGCAAACGUGAGAAGCUUAAAAAAUUGAUGGCCGAAAUCUCCGCCGCGAAGAUGCCGCGCGCUGUCUGCAUUAUGCUUGGUGAACUUUUCAGCGUGUAUAAUUUUAUGCGCAAGCUUAAGGACACGCAAGUUGUUGACAUAAAUGCAUGUCCUGUGGACCUGCCCCCGGAGCCAGAGUUCGAACGCGGUGAGCCCAAGACGCUCGCUGAGAUCUAUGGCAAAACAAAGACUCUUCAGGCAGCAAACAGUUACUAA